AUGACGGACGUCGAGGGUGGAGAGGGGUGGGGACGCCCGGCGGCGGGCGUGGUGCGCGUGUGGCCGCCGUGCCUGGCCGUGGGCGUGGCCACCAAGGUGACGGUCCAUAUCAACCUGCCGAGGGAGGCGACGUCCAGAGCGCUGGUCGUCAAUGGCCCCAGCCUGGAGAGCGGGGAGUACUUCCCGCUGCGCGCCACCGGCGGCGAGACGGGCGCCAGCGUGGAGCUGACGGGCACGGAGGCAGGCAUCAUAUGGCUGGCGGUCGUCAGCGUCAACGGGGAGACGCCCUUCGUCAGCCCCAGGGUGCCCCUGCUGGCCGUCCCCCAGCCUUGCUUCGUGGAGAUGGUGGCCCAGGUGAACAUCAAGCUGGACCUCCUCCAAGACAUGGGCUGGGGCCCCGCCGACGCCCACCUCUUCACCUGGAACGAGACCACCUGGCUGGCCUCCGACUACAACUUCCUGCUGCAGCACUGCCCCGCCGGCGCGCGCGCCGACAGGGAGGGGGAUGAAGGGCCGGACGUGCAGGCGUUCUUCGAAAAGCUGGGCGAGCUACUGCUGUACCUGUUCAGCGUCCAGUCCUGGGAGAUGGCCGCCUUCCUGCUGCGCCGGGUGCACGAGAACACGGGCCUGUCGCUGACGUUCAGCGACCGGCCGCUGGAGGCGUCGACGAUCUCCGGCCCCGAGCUGAAGCGCCUCUCGCACACCCUGACGGACGGCCUCAACGCCCAGGCGGGCUUCAGCCGCAGCGCAUCAUUACUAUUGCCUGAAGCCCCCGGAGACGGUCGAUCGGACGCCGCCGGGACCAGCACAUCAGCGAUCGGCAGCCCUGGGCGCUGCGAGCCCCUGGGCGGGGCCUCUGGGUCCCGGGGCCCAGGGGAGGCGUCGCCGGGAUCGACGUCCGGGGACGGAUGGGACAAGAGCGCGGGCGGGUGGGGCGGAGAGGAGGGGCGGGGCAGCGGGCGGGCGGGCGGUGGCCGGGGGCACUGGUGGCUCUCGGGCUUCGGGGAUCCCGUCAUGGAGCAGCGCUUCGCGGAGUACUUCAACAACCGGUGCUCGUCGCUGGAACUGGUGGUGGCCAUCUUUGCGCUGUACGCCAAGAUAUGGUUCUGCAGCAACUGUCGAGGAGGAUUUUGGGCGCCGGCAACUGCCCUGCUGACACCGCUGGUGUACUGCUUCUCCCUUGGCGGGGGGAAGCUGUACGUUCACAGCCGUGAGCUGCUGGUGACGAUGCUGUUCAUGCUGCUUGCGGCGUGCUGCGUGCUUUCCGCCAUCUGGGGGGUGUUGCCGGCAUACCUGAGCCAGCCAGGUCAGACAGCGCCACAAGUCUUGCAGAUGAUUCUGAAGGCGCUUGUGUUUCAGGUUCGAUUCCCGCGCCUCUUGGCGGUGUGUCUGAUGGACUGGGCGUGCACGAUCGGCUGCAUCACCUUGUACGGCAGCCAGGGGUUCAGCCACACGGACGGCGACCACGGCCUGGACGCCUCCCACCUCGUGCUCACGACGACGCUGGGCACGUUGCUGUGCAUGGCCUCCGGAUUCGUUGUGGAGCAACGGGCUCGGGAGAGGUUCAUGGCCAUUGACAGGAAGAACGCUUGA